AUGGCAUUCCUCGUCUUCCAAGAUCCACUACAUGGAGCUUUCUUCGUUCUCGUACUUAUCCUCAUGCCCAUGAGUAUCGUGGCAACCGGCCUUCGGUUCCUUGCUACCAAAUACAGCGGUCGAAAGCCCGGCCUGGAAGACUGGUUUGCCCUGCUCGCUCUCCUGUUUUAUCUCAUUACCAGCAUCCUUACCGAGACAACACUUGCUGUUAUCAAUGGCGAAAACGAACUCAGAAUGGCUGUUGAGGAUCCAGAGCGAUUUGCGCAUUUCCGCAAGAUGAUCUAUGCCAACACGUUCUUCUAUCCGAUCCAGAUGUUGCUCGUGAAGCUCAGCAUCAUGACCCUGUAUCACCGAAUAUUCGGGGUCAAUCAGGCUUUUGCACGAUGGAUCUACGCCAUAGGCUUGGUACACAUUGCAUGGAUUAUUCUGGCAGUCCUUUUGCAAGCCCUGGAGUGUUUGCCAGUAGAGAAAUUCCGGCGACCGUUCAUUCCUGGCAGGUGUCUCACGGGCGUGGUUGGCGCUCCAAUUGAAAUCGUCAACUCUCUGGUCGACUUUGCUUUGGUCAUCCUUGCAAUGUUCAUGAUACAGUCAAUUAGUAUCACGAAAGGUAUGAAAUCGAAGCUGAGAGCUCUUUUCGGACUUGGCUCUAUUAUCGGGAUCAUAGGUUUCGUCAAGAUCGGCGUCUCCUAUACCCCGAACCAAUUCUGUAAGGAGCUCCUAUCGCCUGUGACCAUCGCUUGA